AUGGCUGAAGAAGAGCAUUUUGAUGCAUCUGCAUCAGCAUCCGAAACAGUUGGAUAUCCAGGAGCACCAUAUGAUACGUCUCUGUUAGUUAAGUACGAACAAUAUAUUGCAUACCGUAUAUGGUUCGGUCAGGAGAGAGGGUCGAAGAAAGAAUUAAAGGUGGCUGGACAUGGGUUGAAGUUGGCUCAGAGGGUUCCACUACAGCUACCUAGAGAGAUGGAGAGAUGGAUAUCUAGGUCUGGUUUAGCUUCACUACAGAGAACCAGUUUAUCAAAGAUAGACACAAACCUAGUUUCCGCUUUUGCAGAGAGGUGGCAUCUAGAAACAUCAUCAUUUCACAUGCCGUUUGGUGAGAUGACGAUUACUCUAGAUGACGUAUCUUGCCUACUUCACUUGCCCAUCAGGGGAGUUUUCUGGAGCCCUGAAGAUAUCAGUGAAGCCCUUGCUGUUGAGUGGGCUGUUGAUCAUUUAGGAGUGUCACAGAGAGUAGCACAACAACAAGUCCGUGAAUGCAGGGGUUCCUACUACAAGCUGGAGUGA